CGGCCCCUCCCCGGCCCCGCCCCGCGCGCUCCGACCGCGGGCGGCCAGGGGGCAGGCGCGCCGGUCGCUUCCCCGUCCUCGGCGUCGCCCGGCUCAGUCGCGGGCGAGCGGCGCGGGCGGCCGGAGCGCCAGGCAGGCCAUGGCCACCACCAGCACCACGGGUUCCACCCUGCUGCAGCCCCUCAGCAACGCCGUGCAGCUGCCCAUCGACCAGGUCAACUUUGUAGUGUGCCAAGUCUUUGCCUUGCUAGCCGCCAUUUGGUUUCGAACUUACCUACAUUCAAGCAAAACUAGCUCUUUUAUAAGACAUGUCGUUGCUACCCUUUUGGGCCUUUAUCUUGCACUUUUUUGCUUUGGAUGGUAUGCCUUACAUUUUCUUGUACAAAGUGGAAUUUCCUACUGCAUCAUGAUCAUAAUAGGAGUGGAGAACAUGCACAAAUAUUGUUUUGUGUUUGCUUUGGGUUACCUCACAGUAUGCCAAAUUACUAGAGUCUAUAUCUUUGAUUAUGGACAAUAUUCUGCGGAUUUUUCAGGCCCAAUGAUGAUAAUUACCCAGAAGAUCACUAGUUUGGCUUGCGAAAUUCAUGAUGGGAUGUUUCGAAAGGAUGAAGAACUGACUCCAUCACAGAGAGGCUUAGCGGUAAGACGCAUGCCGAGCCUUCUGGAGUAUUUAAGUUACAACUGUAACUUCAUGGGAAUCCUGGCAGGCCCACUCUGCUCUUACAAAGACUACAUCACUUUCAUCGAAGGCAGAUCGUACCAUGUGACACAAUCAGGUGAACACGGAAAAGAAGAGAUACAGUAUGAAAAGACAGAGCCAUCUCCAAAUGUGGCAGUUAUUCGGAAGCUCUUAGUCUGUGGACUUUCCUUGUUUUUUCACUUGACCGUCUCUAAGACAUUACCUGUGGAGUAUAACAUUGAUGAGCAUUUUCAAGCUACAGCUUCAUGGCCGACCAAGGUUAUCUAUCUAUACGUCUCUCUUUUGGCUGCCAGACCGAAAUACUAUUUUGCAUGGACGUUAGCUGACGCUAUCAAUAAUGCGGCAGGCUUUGGAUUCAGAGGAUAUGACAAAAAUGGAGCAGCUCGUUGGGACUUAAUUUCCAAUCUGAGAAUUCAGCAAAUAGAGAUGUCAACAAGUUUCAAGAUGUUUCUUGAUAAUUGGAAUAUUCAGACAGCUCUUUGGCUCAAAAGGGUGUGUUACGAGCGCGCCUCCUCGAGUCCAACCAUCCAGACGUUCAUCCUCUCUGCCAUUUGGCACGGGGUGUACCCGGGCUACUACCUGACUUUUCUCACGGGAGUGGUGAUGACGCUGGCAGCGCGAGCUGUGAGAAAUAACUUUAGGCAUCAUUUCAUCGAACCUCCCCAACUUAAAUUAUUGUAUGAUGUCAUAACAUGGAUAGCAACUCAGAUAGCAAUAAGUUACACAGUUGUGCCAUUCGUUCUUCUUUCUAUAAAACCAUCAUUUAUGUUUUACAGCUCCUGGUAUUACAGCCUUCACUCUGCUGGUAUCUUAGUAUUAUUGUUGUUACCGGUGAAAAAAACUCAAAGAGGAAAGAAUACACAUGAAAACGUUCAGCUGUCACGAUCCAAAAAGUUUGAUGAAAGAGGAAAUUCUUUGGGACAGAAUAGUUUUUCCACAACAAACAAUGUUUGCAAUCAGAAUCAAGAAAGAGCCUCUAGACAUCCAUCAUUAAAGCAAUGAUGGGGAAAGCACUCUGAUGGCUAAGAGUGCUUUGUCUGUUAACAGAAACCAAUCUUAGCACCUUUCAAGGGGUUUGUGUCUGUUGGGAAAGAGAUCACAUGGGGGGAAAUCGGACAGUUUUAGGUAGGGAAUGCCCUGUAUACCAGCUUGAAAAUGGAGUGAAAGACCCCUCCCAUGCCAUGUCCCUGUGGGCCAUGCCUUAUCAAAAAUGUUUCCAUUAUUUCAAUGGGCACUCAGGACCUCAGCAUAUGUCCGUAGGGUCAUAAGUGUGCCCUGCUGCUGAAUGUAUGUUGUGUAUCCCAAGGCACUGAAGAGAUGGAAAAAUAAUUGUGUCAAUCUAGAUGAUUGAGAAAAAUUAACUUUUCCAAAUGAAUGUCUUGCCUUAAACUGUCUAUUUCCUAAAAUAUUGUUUCCUAAAUGGUAUUUUCAAGUGUAGUAUUGUGAGAACACUAUUUCAAUAUUAGAUGUUGUAUGCUGCACAGGAAUUCCGGAGGAAUUUGAACAGGAUAUUUAAGACUGUGGAUACUUUAAAAUGCAAUAAACAUCUCAGUAUUUGAAGGGUUUUCUUAAAGUAUCUCAAAUGACUACAGUAUGUUGUGAAACUGUAAAGUGAUGGAUGCCAAUUUCCUGGAGAGUUUAAUUACCCUGUGUCAGGCAGAGAGCCCUUCAAGGAGGGAUUUCUUAAACAUAAUUAAAGGUUGGUAAUGUGAUAUUUUAAGCUAUUUUUCUUAAAAAACAACAAAAAAAAACCCAAAAAAAAACAAGGGAGAGAGAGAGAAGAUGACAAAGGAAAGAAGGAAGACGUGAAUGAAGAAAGCACUGCGGGGGCCGGAGCCUGAGCCAGUGGCAGCUGGGACCAGCGCACACAGGUGUGCAGGGCAGGUGACCGAUGCUCUGCAGACGUGUGCUCUUCAUCCCUAUUUAUCUGAGUUCUUUGUGAUUCUGUAAGGCAUAAAAGUUUAAUAACUUUUUAUUACGUUGACUUUUAAAAGAAAUGUAUCAAGCAUAAAUUAUAUAGAAUGAUAAAAGGAUUGUGAAAAUAAUAGUGGGAGAUUGCUUGAAGGUUUUGAAAGAGAAAAAUCACUGAGUGAAAUUACUCUCUAGCUAAUCACUUUUUAUCCUUGACAGUUUAAUUCGUAUUUGGGAAAGUUUUAGGAAAAUGAAAACUUAAAGUCAUUGGGUCUGAACCACCUCUGUAGAGAAUAAUAAUAAAUUAGUUUCCAAACUCUUAACUUCUCACAUAAAAGUUUUGCCACUAACUCUUGUUAAUGAGUUUCAGAUUAUUUAAGUAGAAAAAUGUGCUUUUAUCUUAUGGGCUGGUUUUACCAUAAUUAAUUUCACCUGAAUUGCUGGGUGUCUCCUUUAACCCCACAGUCUUGUGAUGCUGCAGUAGCUGAAAGCAGAGGAGUGGGGUGUGAUGCCAGUCUGGCAUCAGGGCCACGGCCGGAGAUGAUGAAUCACGGGCGGAAAGGGAGAAGGAUGGGCAGGGCCUUCUGAGUUCACUUUUCUGUGACCCAUCUUUUGUGGAAUUUAUUUUCUUUUUUGCCUUAAAUUUUUAAAUGAAAUGCAAAUUGUCUAUCUAUGAUGAGUCUCUCUUUUUUUUGUCAUUAAUAAAUUUGCAAAUGAAGUUAAGGACAGAACAACUCUCUGGCUUAAGCUGUGUAGUAUUUCAAUUAAAGAUGAAAGGAAAAGCAAAUGUACUUGGAACUUUUGAGGUCUAAUCAGCAAAAAUAUCAGUGUACCUUCCCAGAACUUUAGAAAUAGCUUCCUCUUUGUUUAUAUGAAAUGUUUUUAUUUUUUUAAAGGUAAUUUUUUUUUUUUUCUCCACCUGAUGAUGUUAGCCAUGCCCUGUUACCUCCUGGGAAAAGAUGGUUUGCUAAAUAAAUUUUCUGUUUUCCCAUGCAUUGAAUUUAAGCAAACUGUGGAAUGUGAGAGACUAGAAAAGAUUAAUCAUGGAAAGUAUCUGCCCCCCACAAUGUCUCCUCCAUUUAAUUAAUGCUGCAGAGAAUCUGAUCACUAUUAAGAAAAAGUAAACAAAUGUAGAGGUUAAAAGACAAGUCUAGGCAUGUCAUAAGUGAAAAUAAGAAAGUGCGUUAAAAACUUUCUUUUUGUUCAGCCUACCUAGCCAUUAACAAAUAAUCAUGAUUUAGUUCUAUUACCUGACUAUUUUUUAUUCCUCAGCCUAUAAACCUAAUAUCACUGUUAUCUGUUUUUUGCUCAAUGAAGGUAAUCAUAGCACUGCCAUCUAGAAAGCAAGAUGAUUGAUGAAUUUUCCAAUUACUUUGAAGAUAAUACCUUAUAUAUACAAUUUGACUGAUUUCCAUCCCCCUGGAUUAUCCAGGUUUUUUGUUUUUUGUAUGAAAUGGGUUUUGAAUAGCUUUUAUUUAAUUUUGGAGAAAUUAUAAUCACAGGUAUACAAUCUAGGAGAAAAACUAAAGAAAGAAUUCUCAUUCUCAGCUUGACCUUCCUCCUCAAGAAGAGACUUUUUGUGCUCUAUAAACUGAAUAUAUCUACUUGGAGUGUUGUAAGGAUUAAUACUUUACUUCUAAUUAUAAUAGAAGAAUUGAAGACUGGUAUAUCUCUACUAUGUUAAACUUAAAGGGAUUCGUUGUAACAUGUGCUUCUUUUUAAAUCAACAGAAUAGGAUUCAGGGCAUAUUUAUAUUAUUUCUCCACUCUUCAGUUGCCAUGAAACCACUCCAGAGAUGAUCAAUCAGCAUCAUAUUUAUAUCAAUAUUUUUGGUUAUUAUUAUACUACUCAGGGAAAAAAAUGGACAAAAUACUUAUUUUUCCCACAAUUUUAUUUUUUUGAAACAAUAGCAGUUAAUUUAUUUUGAUGUAUCUCAGCUGUCACCAUUUUACAACCCGCUUAUUCUUGGUUUUUAAAAUAAGCAUUUAUAAUUGGAACUCAGGGUAAUUGAAGAAAUUUACUUAGCUUCUAAAAUACCCAGCAUAAUAGAGAAGGUUUAUUUGGCUUCCAAAAUGUCCAGCCACCACUUAUGCCUCCACCAUACUUUUGCUUAAAAAGUAUUUUUGUUACUGAUUCCCACCAUGUGUGAUGUUCACAUACAGGAUUUCCACAGAUACCAGUUUGGAGAAAAAUUUUCCAGUAAAAAGAAUGGUUUUAAAAAGUAGAGGUAACCCACAUUGAAGCACUAAUUGUCCUGGGAGGAGACCUGGGUAUUCAUCUGGCUCAGACAUUAGUGAGCCUUGGGACUUGGACGAGUGACCUGUCCUCCAGCCGAAAGUUCCUUAAUGAGCCCAAAGGGUUAGUUCCAAGAGUUUGUGACCAGUUGUGUUUGUAAUGAAUGGAAACCAUUAGCAAGAUCUGUAAGAGUCACGAACCGGGGCAGAUUCACCAUCAAGAUUAUCUUCAUGGUCCCUUAUUUUUACUACUUGAGCUCAAAGCCCUGACUUUUCAAGUUUUUUGAGGCAAUCAGAAGGCGUGCAGCAUACCAUUUCUACUGAAUACAGCCCUUGAAAUGAAUCUUUCAUAACGAAAUAGUCUCCACUGAAGGAAAAUAUUUUCUUUUUGAUUUCUCUGCUUUCUGUUUGUGCUGUGUACAACUGAGGAAUAUAUAUGCUAAAAACUAUGUUAUAUGAAUUAUCAAUUUUACUGGACAGGGUUUACCACCAUAUAACUUCUCAAAUAUUAUUUCAUUCAAAGAUAUUUAAAGAAUAUUUAAUUUAGUUAUACCUUAUUUUAAACUACAGAAAAAAUUACUUUAAAAUGUUGACAUUAAAAUAAUUAUAAAAUUUGUACUUUUAUUCGAGGACUAGAUUACACUUGGGACAAAAAUCUUUCCUAUUUAAAAUGUAUACCUUGUAAAUUUUCAUUUGUAAGUUCAUGAACAACUCUGGACAUUUGUGCUUUUUUUGUUUCCUUAUUUUAAAUUGUCCAAAAUUAUCAGUUUAUUGAUUUGAAGAGUUCUGCAUUUUAGUCGAAAGAAAAAAUUACUUGAGAGAAUAAUUGUUUAAGAAUGGUGCCUAUUAUUGCUGUGUCAGCGAAGCAUUUGUCCAGAGGUUUAGAUAUGAACCAGUAUUUCGUAGAGUUUUAUUCAGCCACUAAUAGUCCAUCCUGGCUGACACUGAAUACAUCAUAUUUACCAGAGGUGCAGUAUUCUAAGUAACACUGUGAAAUGUAAUCUUAACUGCCCUCCAGGACUUUAUAAAAACUACAGGUAACCCAGGGUACAUUUAAUGAGUAGCUGAUCGUUUAGACGCUUAAAUUAGAUGCUGAAAGUUCUGCUUUCUACAGCCCUUCCUUGUAAAAGUGUGUUUGUAUCAGUGCACACUCCUUAUGCUGAAGAAAAAGAUUUGCUUUAAAAAAAGAAAUUUCACUCUGAAAUGUGGAUUUGAAAGACUAGGAUGCAGAGCGUCUGUUAGGAUGCAGAGGGUCUCUACCGUGUUUUCCUGCAGCACCACUUAGUCAGAUCUAUUUAUAGUAACUCAUUACAGAAGACAAUUUUAAAUGAAAUUUUCCAUGUUGGCAUUUUGUAGGACUGCUCUUAGAAUCAACAACUAAGCUGCUUUCUGAGCUCUUGUACAGAGGAUGCAGCCAAUUACAUUUUACUUGGUGGGCUGCUUAAUAAAGUUUUAUAUAUGUUUUCAAAUAAUAUUUAUUUUAAUAGGUUUUUAAACGCUAUGCAAACCCCAGUAAAGAACUGACAAGCUUCUAGAGGUCAUUGAUUGGGAAGACUUUCUGAAAUAGAGCCUAAAGACACAUUUUUAUGCCAACUAAUUUGUCUUGCCUUUAAAGCUGAUUAUAACUGUCUUCUUUCAGUACACCUUUUAUAAAGCAACAAAACAAAACAAAAGAAACCCCAGGACUGUAUGAUCUAUAGAUAAGAGUAUAAGGAUCCAUGCAAAACCCCUGUCUAACUUCCUCAGUGAUGACAGCCAUCUCUCCAGUCACAUUUUAUCAAGUUUUGCUACUAUAAAAAGAAAUGGAAAUGUAAUGAAAAACCAGAAGUUACAGGGCAACAUCAGUAGAAGGACUAACCAUUUUCUUAAUACCAUGUUUGAAAUGGAAAAAGUGACUGGCUGCCUUUUACUGGAGUCGUAAGUGACUGUAUCCUGCCCAGUCUCUAUUUUGGGUUAACUUUGAGAAGUUGAUUUGUCAAUAUUCCUCUUUGUUUUUCCUAUUAAAGGGCAAACACGUGUAAAGGGUUGGACAGAACUUUCAAAUAUGCUUCUUUUCCGAUGUUAAGUAUUUUUGGUUCUGUAUCUACGGAUUCGUCAACAAAGUACGUUUGCUCCUGACUUUUUAAUCGCAGGAGAGAGGAAUCAAACCAGCACACAUGCUCCGUCUUCUGUCACUCGUCCGCACCUGCCUCCCCGAGCCCCAAGGGGCACGAUGGAAAGCAGUAGGAAUGAGAGUGAAAAUAAUUCCGGCGGAACAAGAGAAACCCUCCUCCAUGCAGAGUGACAACGUGGGAUUUCCUUCCUGCCUUCCUUUAAAGCUUGCAUCUUGAUCUCUGCGUAGGAGUAGUUGGACACUGUUACCCCAACACGAGGGGGGGCCCGAGCUCCAGCAGCCAGUAUUCACAGCCCUUCAUUUGCCUUCGCUGGGGGAGAAUAGAACGUGGUGUCUGUGCUUUUUGUUUUUAUGAUUCCAAAAUAUUUUUUUAAAGAUGUGUUAUUUUUCGACAGAUCCAUAAAGUAGUUCCUGUUGUAUGGUAAAUUAAAAUUACCACUGUGUCAGUUACACUGUGAUGUGAUAAUUUCAUAACCACUUGUUUCUAGUCUGUGUGUCCUCAGAGCUGCACUGGUGGCUUAUUGCUGGGUUUUAAAGAUGUUUUUAACUGAACACAUAAAUGUUUUUUUUCUAAUUUGUGUGUCUUUAAAACUGAUUAAACAGUAGUUUAAAAAUA